AUUAGAACUUGUGAAGUGCAUAUCUCAGAUUUAUUUUCAAAUUAAAUUAUUAGCCGGAAUAAUUGAAAAAGAAACCACAACAAUACUGCCACAGACAUGGUGUACGACAUGACGCAUAUGGUGCCGUCGCAAAAUAUAGCCUUGGGCCGUUACUAUUUGCAAGAUUUGAAUAAUUUAAAUAAUAAUGUCGAGAAUGAAGAUUAUGCCGAUUUCGAUUUUGAUAAACGAUAUCAGGCGCGUAUGGAUUGCGAAACGCCAAUUAGUCCUCAAUCCAGCAGCAGCAGUAGACCUGCUCCACCACCUACACCAGCUCCUAGGCGACGUACCACGCCCAUUACACAUUUAGAUCCAGCCGAACUAGUGGGUUUAUCUCGAGAAGAAAGACGUCGUCGUAGACGUGCCACAUUAAAGUAUCGUACAGCUCAUGCUACUAGAGAACGUAUACGCGUGGAAGCUUUUAAUGUUUCUUUCGCUGAACUACGUAAAUUAUUGCCAACUUUGCCGCCUGAUAAAAAACUGUCAAAAAUUGAAAUCUUAAAAUUAGCUAUAUGUUAUAUAGCCUAUUUGAAUCAUGUUUUAGAAACUCCAUAAGAAGUAUUUAAAUGUUGCGAAUUAAAGUUCUAUCAACAUAAAUUAAUUUCCAAAGUUUUACUUUAUCCGUUUGAAGUCUGAGAAAUUAGGAUUUCAAAAUAACUUUCAAAACAAUUCAAUAAUACUAUCAUUAUUGUGUUAGUCAGAAGUAGUUAGAACUGAUCAGAAAAUAGCAGUAUUUUGAAAUUUUAAGAAAACUUGAAAUAAUGACGGCAACGGAAAUAUAUUUUUUCUCUUAAAACCCUUUAAAAGAAAUAAGUAUUCAAAAAAAUUAUUACAUAAUUCCACUAAAGCCAAACAUACUUUUGUCUUUACGUAAUAAACAGUCAAAUUAUUAAAUAAGUUUAAUUUUAAGCAUUUAAAUAAAACAUAAUAUAUAUUAUUUUUAUUUUAACUGUAUGUGAUAUGUGUAUAAUAAAUUUAAUAUUAAUAAAAAAUUAAAGCAA